AUGUAUACUGAAGAACGACUGAGAAACAUAACGGAUUCAGAUAUCCAGCAGGCAUUCAAGAAAAUCCAAGGAGAUACACUUGCAGAGGGAAGGUUGGAGCUGAUAACGGAAGACUGUUUUCCAAAAGUUCUAGAGACACUUAAAGAAUGUUUCAUCGACAACGAACCCUUGGAGAAAUCGCUACAAAUGCAGUGGAGUUCGGAUAUGGAAGAUGUUUGGCUGAAUGCUCUAAAGUACAACUUAUCACUUAUGCUAGUAGAUAAAGAAAGUGAAGAAAUUAUAGGCGUGCGUGUCAUCCGCGUAACACGUAAAAGUGAUUACUUCGAAAAGAAUAAAUAUAAAGAUGAACGCGUGAUAAAAUUGCUUAAUUUCUUUGACUUCACAACGGACAAAUGCGACUUCUUUAGCAAAUUUGGUGUUACAGAAAUAUUCGAAUUUUUCGGUCUUGGCGUUGUCCGAAAAUACCGAAGGCGUGGCUUUGGGAAGUUGCUUAUGGAAACUGGUGUAAAGUUUUUGGAUAGUCUUGGAAUAAAGCCUUGUUACAUAAGGGGAUCAGCUUCUUCAAACUUUUCAAAAACUAUUUUUGAGAAAUGCGGAUUCGAAUCUGUGGCCGAAUUCUCGUAUGAGGACUAUAAAGUGAAUGGUUCUGUCAUUUUUGAUAACACAGGUGAACAUAAAUCUAUGACAGUAUACGCGAAAAGUCUUGUAUGA